CAAUCAUCAGCCCAAUGCAAAAUGAUGGCCCAAUUUGCGAAUGAUCGGACACAUCUGUCCUAACCCAGGUGGACGUUGAUAGGACCAGCAAAUCUGUCGCAGUGACUUCCCCCAAACGAAGGAACCGGAACGGAUCUGCGAUUACUGAAGCCAUUAUGCAGACAGUUCGUUUUCCAUAUCCCAAAUUCCAAUUUCUCUAAGCUAAAACCCUGGCAGAUAUCUUCAUUGUAUAUUCCGAUCCCGAUUUCUGAUCGCCUUUCAAUAUGGUUGUCUGUAAAUGCCGGAAGGCAACUAAGUUGUACUGCUUUGUACACAAGGUUCCAGUCUGUGGAGAAUGCAUAUGCUUCACUGAUCAUCAAAUAUGCGUGGUCCGCUCCUAUUCAGAAUGGGUCAUAGAUGGAGGGUAUGACUGGCCUCCAAAUUGCUGUUCCUGUGCUGCUGUGCUUGAAGAUAAAACAGAUGCUCAAACUACUCGAUUGGGCUGCCUGCAUGUUAUUCAUACAAAUUGCUUGGUUUCACAUAUUAAAGGCUUUCCACCGCAAACUGCUCCAGCUGGGUAUGUCUGUCCGGCCUGUUCAACUUCAAUAUGGCCUCCUAAACAUUUCAAAGAUUCAGGAUCGCGUCUUCAUUUAAAACUGAAAGAAGCAAUAGUGCAGACUGGCUUGGAAAAGAAUCUGUUUGGAAAUCAUCCAGUUUCAUUGCACCCUACAGAUUCUCGAAAUCCUCCACCUGCUUUCGCUUCAGAUCCAUUGAAGCAUUUUUCUGAAGCUGGAGCCUCUGGGAUAGAUAUAGCACCUGGCAUGGAGGCUGCUGAAACUGGUUCCCUAAAGCCCUCAGCUCUUGGUAUUGUUGAAAUAGAUGGACCAAACUCAGCUGCUGCUCAUUCCAAUCAUGAGGCGAGUUUCACCCAAAGCUCGAGCCCUCCUGCUCCGGGGGCCACCACAAGAAAGAGCACACGACAAGCAGAAAGACAAAAUUCUGAAAAUCCAUACUACGGUGAUGAAGAAGAUGGGAACCGCAGAAAGUACACAAGAAGGGGUACACUUCCACACAAAUUCCUAAGAUCUCUACUGCCUUUUUGGUCAAGUGCAUUACCAACACUACCUGUAACUGCACCACCUAGAAAAGAAGCAUCCAACGCUGCAGAUGGUUUGCCAGAAGGCCGGACACGCCAUCAUAGAUCAUCAAGAGUAGAUCCAAGAAAAAUCCUCCUCUACAUAGCAAUCAUGGCUUGCAUGGCAACAAUGGGUAUUUUGUAUUACAGAAUUGCACAACGUGGUCUGGAGCAGCUGCCUAAUGAUGAACAGCAGUAACUUUAAUUUCAAGUCAUAUAGCUCAAUUGCUUCUAUACUGCUCUAUUAAGAUUAAAGUAAUAACAGUUGUGCCCACUCUUGGUUACCAUUUAUGUAUGCAUUUUCAGGAACAAUUUUAACGAGGCUCAGUUUGCUGUCAGUUACAGAGAAUAGAUUUAAAUUUUAUGUAUCAGAUUAAAUUUUAUAGAAAAUAUUUAUUAUUAUUAUUUAAAUCCUCUACCCCUGCUCCUGCUCCUUACCAGCUUGCAAUGCUAUACUCUGUAGUCUUGAGCAGAUGUAUAAUGAAACUCUGUCUAUGUACAAUAAAUGAUGAAAAGAUGUGCCGUAACUGGUUUGGGAUUUGGAAUGCCUGGAAUAUGAUUCUCUCAUAAGGAUUCAUG